CCGUGGAAUCGUAUCACACAUUUGUUAAGUCAAAUUUAGUGAAGUUAUUAAUAUUUUCUUAUAUUUUUAAUUUAUUUUUCUUGUAAAUGAAGAUGAGUAAAAAAGUAAAUAACAAAAUUUUAAAAUCUUCCGAAAAUGAGGCUAAGAGACAAAAAAAUGAAAAUUUUAAACCGGUAGCCGAAAUUUAUGAAUCCAGCUCAGAGGAAGAGGAUUUGAAUGAAGAAUCUAUUUUAGAUAAAGUGUUUCAAGGUUAUUCUGGAGAUUCCGAUCAAGUUGUAAAAAGUCGAGCAUUUUUGGAAAAUUUUUUUCAAUCCGGUUCAGCUAUUUGUUUAAUAUGUAUUGGAACAGUUAAAAGAGUUGAAAAGAUAUGGUCUUGCAUUAACUGCUAUUGUUUUUUCCAUCUCAAUUGCAUAAAAAGAUGGGCCAAUGAUAGCAUCGUGCAACAAAAAUUGAAUCAAGAAGAUGAAGUAGGUUAUUAUAAUAACCAAGGAGAAUUUAUACCAAAGAAAUGUAAACCCGUACGAUGGUGCUGCCCAAAAUGUCGAAGUAAUUAUAACGUUGAGAGUAUACCAAGGCUGUAUGAAUGCUUUUGUAAAAAAGAAGUGAAUCCGCCAUACCAUCCUUGGAUAAUUCCACAUUCUUGCGGAGAAAAAUGCGAAAAAUAUUUAGAACCCUAUUGUGGCCAUAAAUGUUUAUUACUUUGUCAUCCAGGGCCAUGCCCACCUUGCCCACAAUACGUCUCCACAGCAUGCUAUUGUGGAAAAUCUAAGCCUAAGACUGUUCGCUGUUUCAAUAAAACAUGGAACUGCAAUAUUAAAUGUCAGAAACUACUACCUUGUGGAAUUCAUAAAUGUGAAGAAGUUUGUCAUGCAACGGGAAAAUGUCCUCCUUGUAAAAAACAAUCUAGACAAAAAUGUCAAUGUGGAAGUGAAGCAACACAAAAAAAUUGUUCAGAAUUGGUUUGGCAUUGCAAAAAGGUAUGCAAUAAAACGUACUCCUGCGGACUACACAAAUGUAGGAAAGUGUGUCAUGCUGAUGAUUGCGGUGACUGUCCAUUAGGUUUACCCAGAAGUUGUCCUUGUGGAAAAAAUAAAAUAGUUGCGCCUUGCAGUGAAGCUGUAGAACCUUGCGGGGAUAACUGCCAAAAGGUUCUAGAUUGUGGUAUUCACUAUUGCAGUGAAAGAUGUCACAAGGGCCAUUGCAGUCAGUGCCUUGCUAUUAUUGAAAAAAAAUGUCGGUGUGGACAACAUACCAAAGAACUACCCUGUUCAAAAAGUUUCUUUUGUGAGACAAAAUGUAAGUUGAUAAGAGAAUGUGGCAAACAUCUCUGCAAUAAAAAGUGCUGUGACGGCCAGUGUCCUCCGUGUGAUAAAAUCUGUAAUAAAACUCUUUCGUGUAAAAAGCAUAAAUGCAAAUCAGUUUGUCACGAUGGUCCUUGCUACCCCUGCGAUUUAAAGUCAUCAGUUAAAUGUCGUUGUGGUAACACUUCGAUAGUAGUUCCAUGCGGAAGGGAAAAAAAAGUCAGGCUACCUAAAUGCUUGCUACCUUGUAGAAUACCGUCUAAAUGUCAUCAUGAAAACCCUCAUCGAUGCCAUAUAAAUGAAUGCCCGCCUUGUAUUCAAAAAUGUGGACUAAAAAAUAAUACAACAAAUUGUGAACAUCCUUGUGAAGCAAGAUGUCAUGACGCUAUCAAAACAGAAAUUUUACAAUCAAAAACUUCAAAUAUUUGGGACUGGAAUUCUAAUAUGUUUGAAUACAAAAAAAUGCCUCAUCCUAAAUGCGAAAUUAAAGUGAUGGUUCGUUGCAUUGGAGGUCAUGAAAUCGCUGAAUGGCCUUGCUGGAACUCUAAACCAACAUCCUGUCAAAGACUUUGUCAACGAGUUUUAAAAUGUACUAAUCAUACAUGCACUAAAGUGUGUCACGUAGUCCCAAAUUUAGAUGACAAUCAGGAACAAGAAGGGUGCAUUAGUUGCUCCGAAGCAUGUAUUGUGAAACGCCCGAAAGGCUGUAUUCACAGUUGCAAGAAGCCAUGCCAUCCUCCACCGUGCGAUAUAUGUUCAGCGCAUAUAAAAUCAGCAUGUCAUUGCGGUAUAUCGCAAGUAAUUUACAAAUGUAAUGAAUUUUACUGUGAAGGAACAAAUGAGGAGGAAUUACGAAAAAAGCAAGAAUUAUUAAAAAGUUGUGGAAAUCGUUGUAUUAAAAAUUACCCUUGCGGGCAUCGUUGUAUUGCAAACUGUCAUUCAGGAACUUGUCCCAACCCGGAACAAUGUAGAAAAAAAGUUAAAAUAUACUGCGAAUGCAAAAAUUUGAAAUUGGAAAUUUCUUGUGAUAAACAUCGAAAUGGCUUAAAUCAAUUAGUAUGUGACAAUAAAUGUGCCCAAAAAAAGGCGAUCGAAGAACAACUACGCAGGGAUGAGGAGGAAAAAUUAAAGAAAAUGGAGGAAGAAAAAAACCGCAUCGAGCUGGAAUUGUAUGAAAAAAAAUUUGGUAAGAAAAAACCACGCGAAAGGAAAGUUGUAGAGCGACCUGUAAAAAGAGAUAUAGAUAUAAAACUAAAAGUUUUAGCAGGUAUAAUAGGUUUAUUAUCAAUUGUUUUAAUGAUCUACAUAAUGUACUGAUUUAA